AUGAUUUGUGAAAAUCACACCCAAGUGACUCAAUUUAUUCUUCUCGGCUUCACAAACAACCCUGAAAUGCAAGUUUCCCUCUUUGUUUUAUUCCUGCUCAUCUAUUUGGUCACUUUGUUGGGCAACUUCCUUAUUGUCACCGUUACCAGUGUGGAUCCUGCUCUUCAAACACCCAUGUACUUCUUUCUCAGAAACCUGUCUCUUCUUGAAGUCUGUUUCACCUUGGUCAUGGUGCCGAAGAUGCUGGUAGAUCUAGUGUCCUCAAGGAAGAGCAUCUCUUUUGUAGGCUGUGGUGCCCAGAUGUACUUCUUUUUCUUCUUUGGCAGCUCAGAAUGUUUCCUCCUCUCCAUGAUGGCUUAUGAUCGCUUUGUGGCCAUCUGUAACCCUCUCCGUUAUUCAGUCGUAAUGAACAGGUCGCUGUGUUUGUGGAUGGCUCUAGGUUCUUGGAUGUCUGGUGUUCCUGUCUCUAUGCUGCAGACAGCUUGGCUGAUGGCCCAUCCUUUCUGUGGACCAAACACCAUAGAUCACUUCUUUUGUGAUGGGCCCCCAGUGUUGAAACUAGUCACCCAGGAUACAACCAUGUAUGAAAUGCAAGCACUUGCCUCCACACUGCUAUUUAUCAUGUUUCCCUUUUCCCUCAUUUUGGUCUCCUACACCCGUAUUGUUAAAACCAUCUUGAUGAUGCCCUCUGCUACUGGCCGCCAGAAGGCAUUCUCCACUUGUUCAUCCCACCUCAUUGUGGUAUCCCUUUUCUAUGGAACGGCCAGCUUGACCUACCUACGACCCAAAUCCAGCCAGUCCCCUGAGAGCAAGAAGCUAGUGUCAUUGUCCUACACUGUCAUCACACCUAUGUUAAAUCCUAUCAUCUACAGCCUGAGGAACAAUGAGGUGAAGGGGGCAGUUAAGAGGACUGUCACUCGAAAAGUCUUACGGAAGUUAGAUGUGCCUUGA